GGUAGUUCGCGGUACUCCGUGCCAGUGUACUGUUCUCACCGCAUCGCUGGUUCGCCGGUUUCUAGUCCCCUGUUCGCCGCACUCGUGGACAGAUCAAUUAUUUUAAAUAUACCAAUCUCCACCGAGCAUCAUUCAAUCGAAAGUAGAGAUCAUAACUACUGCUUCUUAUACAGAGAAAAUAUUUAAAUCCAAGCCUGAUUAAAGAAAUAGUAAGCAGAAAAGCAAACAAAUCUUUCCCUUAAAGUGUGUUCGAUCUAUUCCAGUUUUUUCGGAUGUUUUUAAAAAUUGAACUGAUUCACUCCUCCGUGUAUCUUUUUUGUGCAAUAUCGACGGGUAACUUGAAGAAAUCGGUUAAAUAGUUUUAGUGGACUAAUAAAGGCAGUUUAUUUUCUGUGUUUCGUUCGAUUUUAACUAUUGUGCAAUCUUUUUUCGUUAUAUCACACACAGAGAGUGGGGAUCAUACCCUUUUGAGUGAAAUUUAUUUAUCUACACUUUUUUCUAGUCAAAGCAAUAGUGAAUUUUCGGAUACAGUUAUUUUUCAAUACAAUAGAACCUAAGCCUUUUUUCUCUGCGCUAAAAUCUUUUGUUUAAUGUCAAUGUGCAAUUUCAUGUGUUGAAAAAAUCAUGACUUGUCCUCUUCUGUACUCCAAUUGAGAAGCUAAACUUUUUAAAAUGCAAUUUUUCUGCAGUUAUAAAGUUUUUUCGUCCAACGGCUUUCACAUGUGCACCUCCAAAACAUGAAUUUUGAUUCGAAGUCCUGAUUCGUGUUUCUUUUGCAGAUAACAACUUUCAUAAUACUUCUUUGUUUAAGGCAGCGCGAUGAUCGGGCCGAACUGCAAGGAGCCGCGCGCAACCGCCAAGGGGCCCAUCAAGGAGACGAAGAAGCGGAAAUCGCGGGAAACCCGCGAGGGGAAGCAGGGGAGCAAGCGGAAGAUCGCCCCGAAGAACGGGGCGGAAGAGACGACGAAGACCGUGGCGGACAACAAGGUGACCCUGGUGAAGAAGAGCAAGUGCCUCGUGAAGACGGGUGACACGACGGAGAGGCUCGCCUUCGACACGAUCGAGAUGCACAGCCUCGGGGACCCGGACCCGAUAGUAGCGCUCCCGAAGCUCCCGCUGGUCAUCAACUCGAAGCGGAUCGACGAGCUCAUCGACGAGAUGGAGUCGAUGACCAACGGGAAGCUCCCCGGCCAGGAGAAGGACGAGUCCAUCAUCGAGGAGUUCCUCGACAUCUCCCAGUGCCGCAUCGUCCACGACGACGAGGGCAACUUCAACCUCAUCAACGAGCACGCCAACCUGAUCGACGAGCACGCCAACCUGAUCGACGAGCACGCCAACCUGAUCGACGACCACGCCAACCUGAUCGACGACCAGGAGCUCAACUCCUUCACGGCCAAAGACUACUACGACUACAUCCUCGGCUACGGGGAGCAGGAGGAUGUCGUGUCCUCGACUUCCGGGCCCGCUCCGGUCCCGGCCCCUGCGGGGCCGAUCCACGCGCCCGUCUCCGAGCCGGCGAACCCGGAACCUGCGUCCUCCAAGCCGACCUCCAAAACGCCGCCGCCGGCGACGGAAGCGGACGACUUGAACGAACCCAACUUCAGCUGGCUCCUCAAUUUUAAGGUGGCGUCAAUUUUCGACCCGAACGCAGACCCUGGAUCGAAGGACUCGGAGGAGGAGGCCAAAGAGGCCCAGAAAGUCGAACCUAGGCCCACGAAACCUCCCUUCACGUACACCGAGCUUAUUGACCAGGCGCUGAAAGAAAAGGGCCAGCUGACUGUCUCCAACAUUUACUCUUGGAUAUCUGAAAGGUUCCCGUUUUAUAGGCCAAAUGAUGACAGAUGGAAAAAUUCUGUUCGGCACAAUUUGUCGAUCAAUCCUCAUUUCCGGAAAGGCAACAAAGCUCCCCACGGCGCCGGUCAUUUCUGGAUUCUCAGCAAUAAUGAAGGAGUCACCACCACAACAACCCCCACCACAACAACCACCCCAACGACCAUCCCAGCUCCAGAACCACAGUCGCAGCCGUCGCAGAAGAAGAGCGAGAGCCCGGUGACAGCGCCAGCGGCGGCGACGACGGAGGGCGAGACGAAGGACGACUACAACUGGGAGGAAGUGUUGGAGGCGACACGGAACAUCGAGCAGACUCUGAGCGGGGACGCCUUCUCCCUGGACUCGGGAAUCCUGUGCCAAAGGGACGACGGGAGGGUCUCCGAAGAGGGCAAAGGGCCGGGCGUGGAGGCGGACGCGCUGUCCCUCUCGCUGUCGCCGGUCCUGUCGGCCGAGCGGGACCCGACCCUCCACGAGACGGCCGGCGACAUCCUCAACGGGAUCAAGAAGCGCGUCGAGGUCCAGUACCUCGAGCCGAUCAACCAGAUGAGUCACGGCAGCCAAAUCAUCGACCACAAUGACGAUCAGGACCAUAGCGAGUGUUUCUUCACCAGCAGUAUUCUUAAGGAAAUCGAUGGUGGCAUCUGCCUAUUGGAGAGAGACAACGACUACCUCAUGAGUGAUCUGAAUGAAACUUUAUUCAACGAGGCGCUAAACUUCCAAAGUUUCACUCUUUCGUCCCAUCUGUGACAAUAUCCGGAUUAAACUGUGCAUUGACAACCAAACGUAGACUCCUCAGCAAGCUUUCUUUGAAACUUGCCGGACCGAUACGCGACACAAAUGAGUGUUGGAUGCAGAUUUUUCAUGGGAUCGAUACUACCUAAAAGGAGCUACGUUACAUUGCUUGUGGCCAAAAUGACAUUGUUUGAAUGUCUAACAUAAAAUUUAUAAGUUGUAAAUUUUUAGAUGACCAAGCAGUAGGUAAAAUAAAUGUUGUUAGUUGGGAUUUUGCAAUACAGCAUUCCUCCGUACAUAGUACCAUUGACGUACUUUUAUUGGAUUUAUACAUUCCUUAUUUAUUGAGAUUUUAUUUUUUCCUUCUUUCUUUGAGGAGGAGGGGGGGACAUAUUGACAUUGGAACUGUCCAAAGUUGAAUUUUCAAAAUACUUAUAAAACCAAAA